AAUAGGAACUACGAACAAACUACGAAGUGAAGGUAUCAAGCUAGCCAUUCAUAAUACUGUCAAGAAUUCUCGUCUGCUUCAUCGGCGGAUCGGAAAACAAAAUUUGUUAAACAGAUCGAAAUAAAAUGAGUCACUUGAACCGUGUGUGCGUGGCUGCGGCAGUGGCUGUUUUGCAGGGUCGGAAAGAUCAGGGGCAUAAAUGGAAGUCCGGGUUGAAUUCUUUUCGGCUGAGCAAGAGGAGGUUCUUCUCAGGCGGCGACAAGCCGGAUUUCCGUCCACUAUAUGGUGCGAUCGGGUUGGAUCUUACUGGGAUUAUGGAGAUUCGUGAUGGAUACGAGAGGCAGGGGCAGACCGAGGAGUCUCUCCAGCGAGUCAUGUAUUUGAAUUGCUGGGGUCAAAGCUGAGGUCCACCGUGGGAGAGUGGAAGUUCCCGGUGAGAACAAUAUUUGUACAUGCGACUAGGUGGCGAUAACUGAUAAGAUGCAUCUGGUAUGCGAAGGGGGACUCGUGGUUGACCGAGUUACAACGGCCGAGUUGCGUAUGGAGAUUCACUGUUGAUGUGGCCUGGGCUGAUGUUGAAUACUUGAAUUGUGAAAUCACUGAAUUGUAUAUAACCUCCUUGAAGAAGUCAAUAGAAGGCUGUUUUGCCUGGUUAUGAAUUUAAAUCUCUGAUUGCAAUUUUCCUUGUU